AAAAUGAUAAUUCAAAAAAUUUCAGAAUCCAAAGAUGCCUUCUGGAAAAAAACGUCUGGCGACUAUGGAUCUGCAAAAAAAUCAAAAAGAAAAAAAAAAAGAAUUUCCAGCGAAGAACGCGGCCUUCUCAACAAAGUGAAACCGUCACAUCCGCCUCCAGUCAUCAACGGAAGAGCCUAUGCCUUCUUCCUGGCGGCAAGUGCAAUCUAUCCACACGACCUGAUCCUAGAUGACUUCUCACCACGGUCACCAAGCGUCUACAAGACAUAGGUUGAGGAUCAGAUGGAGUACAAGGCUUGCUCGUAUUAUCUUGUGUAUUCCGAUUCUACCACGCCAAAGGAACCAAGAAUGCGAAAACAGAUCUAUUACGUGAUGGACGCGCAUACCAAGACAAUUAUAAGUCACGCAUUGGUACUCUACGACUAUUUGUACGACGGCUGUCUUCCAAAUCUGAAAGUUUUUCAGUACAAGCCCAUUAAUAGAAGCGACUUCCCAAUCCAGAAUCAAAAUGGCUAUGAUGUUCCGGGUGAAAACGACAAAUUCCCAUUCAAGAUGCCAGCUGAAACAGCAACGGAUGGAGCUUGUCGAUUUGAACUUUUGGAAAGACAGCAAUUGGCAACUCCACUACUUGGUCAAUCAAUGCGGUUUCAGCGAACAACUUGGGUGUCUAAACCCCAAAGUUCCGAAACUUCCACCAAUCAUCGCUCAGAAACAGUGCGCCCAAAUGCUAUGGGAUCCACAGUCUCCUCAGCUGGAAAUCGGUUUGUUGGCGCGAUUCUCGUGCAUUGCGUGGGAAUUCGAGAAAUAUCCGAAAACGCAAAAUUUUGUGUUUUUUCUUCAUUUUUUAAUUUCAUCAAGUUCAAUCGAAGACUAUAUUUCAAAUGGAAAACAGUUUUAAACCGAAAAUUGAUAAUGAACAUGAAAAUUUCGAUAAAAACUCAAUUUUUGGUUGAUUUUACUUUUCUAGGCAGUGUCUUUAUUUUUGCAUUAAAUUCGGAAUUUCUUUUUUCUCCACCUUCCUUUCAGUCAUAUGAACAAUCGCUAGCUAAG